AUGGCUGAAGAAAAGCGGGUGCAAACCACCGACCAAGUUAGCAUUGUAGAUGAAGCUGGUAAGAAAGCCGAGGGCCAUACCCUCAAUGCGACCGCCGACAUCACCAAGUCUGAGCAUGAGCUUGGGUUCUUCAUGGCCGUGAAGCAAUAUCCCAUGGCUGUCUUCUGGGCUAUGUUCUUCUGUAUCGCCGUGAUCAUGGCUGGGUUUGAUGCCCAGCUCGUCACUUCCUUCUACGCCUUGCCCUCUUUCCAGCAACGCUUCGGUUAUCUCUACCAGGACAAAUAUAUCAUCUCCGCGCCCUGGCAGACGGGGUUGGGAAUGGGCAAUCCCAUUGGGCAAAUUGUCGGUGCGCUGGCCUGCGGUUGGCCGCUGGAGAAGUUUGGCCGCAAGAAGACUCUUGCGGCAUGCUGUGUCUGGUCGGUUGGCUUCGUCUUCAUGCAGUUUUUCUCCACCUCCAUUGGGAUGCUGUGUGCUGGAGAGAUCCUGGGUGGUCUAGCCUAUGGCUUCUACGUAGUCAUCGCCCCGACUUAUGCGUCUGAGAUUUGUCCCCUGGCUCUCCGAGGUGUUCUUACUGCGUCUGUCAACCUGGCCUUUGUGAUUGGCCAGUUCAUCGCCCAGGGCUGUGCUGCAGGCGUCGAAAGCCGGUUGGAUGAGUGGGCGUAUAAGAUCCCGUUUGCUAUUCAAUGGAUCUGGCCUGUUGUCUUGCUUGCUGGCCUGCUUUUUGCCCCUGAGAGCCCCUAUUGGCUCAUCCGCCAGAACAGAAAGGACGACGCGCGAAAGUCACUCCUCAAACUGACCUCAGCCUCGCACCGUCCCGACAUCGAGUCUCUGCUUGUGAUGAUCGAGGAAACCGACCUACUUGAGCGCGAACUUGAAGCCCAGGCCUCGUACCUGGAAUGCUUCCGAGGGCUCAACCUCCGCCGCACAGAGAUCUCCAUCAUGGUUUAUCUAAUCCAAGUCAUUGGGGGCAACCCGCUCAUUGGCUACGCGAACUUCUUCUUCGAGCAAGCCGGUCUUGACGCUUCUGAUGCAUUCAAUAUGGGAGUAGGCAACACCGCCAUGGGUUUUGUCGGCACCUGCCUUUCCUGGCCUCUAAUGUCUCAUUUUGGCCGCCGCACCAUCUAUAACUACGGCAUGCUACUGAUGACAAUCAUUCUGUUCGUCAUCGGAUUUCUCGACCUGCGAUCGGGGAUGUCGGCCAUAACAUGGGCGCAGGCGUCUUUGAUGGACAUCUGGACGUUCAUUUAUCAGAUGACGGUCGGCCCUAUUUGCUUUGUCAUUAUCUCUGAGGUGUCGUCUACUCGGCUACGUGGCCGCACUAUCGCCAUUACCACCGCCGUCCAAGCGCUAGCCAGCAUCGUCUUCACUAUCGCCAUGCCAUACAUGCUCAGCACCGACCAGGCAAACUGGCAUGGCAAGGCUGGGUUCCUCUUCGGCGCCGUCAGUCUUGUCUGCUUGGUGUGGUGCUGGUUCCGCAUCCCGGAGAGUCGGGGUCGCACCUUCGAGGAGCUCGACAUCCUGUUCGAGCGCAAGGUGCCUGCGCGCAAGUUUGCCCAAUACGAUCUUCUGGAGAAUCACCAGGUCGCGUAA